AUGAAUACAACUACCGGUGAGAUCUGUCCUAUCGGUGAAGCGGGAGAGGUGUGCACUCGAGGGCACAAUCUGUUCGCCGGGUAUUGGAAUCAAAAGGACAAAACAGAUGAAGUGAUCGACAAGAAUAGAUGGUAUCACACGGGAGACAUCGGAAUAAUGGAUGAAUUGGGAUAUAUUUCAAUUAGUGGCCGAUUAAAGGAUAUGAUAAUAAGGGGCGGAGAAAACAUUUAUCCCCGAGAAAUAGAGGACUUUAUUAUUAAACACGACGAUGUGGUAGAUAUUCAGGUAAAUAAGUUGGCGAAAGGUUUACAGAGUAUUGGUUGUGCUAAAGGGACUCGAGUGGGCAUUUGGUCCCCCAAUUGCUACGAAUGGGUUGUCACACAAUACGCCACCGCAAAGAUCGGGGCCAUUAUGGUGAACGUUAACCCCGGAUAUCAGGCCAUGGAAAUGGAUUAUUGUCUCAAUUUAGUCGGUUGUCAUACAUUGAUAUGUAAUCAACGCUUUAAGGGAACUAAUAAUUGUGAUAUAUUAGAGAGUUUGGAACCCAAUAUCUUAACUAAAGCCGAUGAACAUCGAGUUAAAAGUUGUAAUAAAAUCCCAACUCUUAAGAAUAUUCUUGUGAUGAAUAACACGGAUGGAGAGGAAUACGCACCAAAGAAUAUGAUUAGAUUUAAUGAGUUUAUCAAUAGUUUUGACGGCAAUAAUAAUGUGAACACAUCUUUUGAUUUUGACGAAUCCAUUAAUAUUCAGUUCACUUCCGGCACAACCGGUGCCCCGAAAGGCGCGACUCUAACCCAUCAUAAUAUUAUACAAAACGCAUACUUCGCUGGAAAACGAGCUCUCGAAGGUCUAACUGAUAAGAUUCUAUGUAUAUCUCCGCCACUCUAUCACUGUUUUGGAUCAGUGGUCGGCGGAGUCGUAGCCGCUGUUCAUAAGGGGACUCUAGUAUUGCCCUCACCCGUACACAAUGCCACCGAGACUCUUAAGGCUAUCGACAAAUACAAAUGUGAUGUGGUUUACGGCACUCCCACUAUGUUUAUCGAUCUGUUGAAUUCAAAUCCUCAGGACUACAACACCAGUUCAUUAAAAAGAGGUUUUAUGACUGGGAGUCCCUGUCCUAAGCCCUUAUUGGAAGCCUUUAUAAAAGCCUUUCCCUCGUGUGAACACAUUCUGAUACCUUAUGGGACAACUGAAUGCAGUCCUGUUAUAACAUUCACAUCAAUACACGACUCAGAGAAGCAUCGGUUUGAAUCGGUUGGACGACCCUUAGAGCACUUGGAGGCAAAAAUAAUGAAUACAACUACCGGUGAGAUCUGUCCUAUCGGUGAAGCGGGAGAGGUGUGCACUCGAGGGCACAAUCUGUUCGCCGGGUAUUGGAAUCAAAAGGACAAAACAGAUGAAGUGAUCGACAAGAAUAGAUGGUAUCACACGGGAGACAUCGGAAUAAUGGAUGAAUUGGGAUAUAUUUCAAUUAGUGGCCGAUUAAAGGAUAUGAUAAUAAGGGGCGGAGAAAACAUUUAUCCCCGAGAAAUAGAGGACUUUAUUAUUAAACACGACGAUGUGGUAGAUAUUCAGGUUGUGGGAAUUCCUGACGAGAGAAUGGGAGAAGAUUUGGUGGCAUUUGUUAUAAAGAAAACUAACAGUACUUUAGAUAAAGACUCGUUAAGAAGUUAUUGUAAGGGAAAGGUAAAUAAAUUGGCGAAAGGUUUGCAGAGCAUUGGUUGUGUCAAAAGGACUCGAGUGGGCAUUUGGUCCCCCAAUUGCUACGAAUGGGUUGUCACACAAUACGCCACCGCAAAGAUCGGGGCCAUUAUGGUUAACAUAAACCCCGCAUAUCUGUCGAUGGAAAUGGACUUUUGUCUCAAUUUAGUCGGUUGUCAUACAUUGAUAUGUAAUCAACGCUUUAAGAAAACCAAUCUUUGUGAUACAUUAGAGAGUAUGGAACCCAAUAUCACAACUAAAGUGGACGGGCAUCGGGUUAAAAGCACUAAAAUCCCAACUCUUGAAAACAUUCUUGUGAUGAAUAGCACGGAUGGAGAGGAAUACGCGCCGAAGAAUAUGAUUAGAUUUAAUGAGUUUAUCAAUAGCACUAAAAUCCCAACUCUUGAAAACAUUCUUGUGAUGAAUAGCACGGAUGGAGAGGAAUACGCGCCGAAGAAUAUGAUUAGAUUUAAUGAGUUUAUCAAUAGUUUUGACGGCAAUACUAAUAUGAACACAGUUUUUGAUUUCGACGAACCCAUUAAUAUUAUGUUCACUUCCGGCACAACCGGUUCCCCGAAAGCGGCGGUUCUGAGUCAUCAUAAUAUCACACAAAACGCUUACUUUUUUGGAAAACUUCUUACCGAAGGUCUCACGAGUAACAUAUUUUGUGUCGUUCCACCACUUUAUCACUGUUUUGGAUCAGUUUGCGGAUCAAUUGGGGCCACCGUUCAUAAGGGGACUCUAGUACUGCCCUCACCCAUGCAUAACGCCAUUGAAACUCUUAAGGCUAUUGAAAAAUACAAAUGUUCUCUGGUUUUUGGCACUCCCACUAUGUUUAUCGAUAUCGUGAACUCAAAUCCUCAAAACUUUAACACCAGUUCAUUAAAACGAGGUAUAAUGGGCGGUAGUGUUUGUCCUAAGCAUAUAUUGGAGAAAACUAUGAAAGCCUUUCCGUCGUGCAAACACUUUCUGGUGGGUUACGGGACGACUGAAUGCAGUCCUGUUAUCACUGCCACAACAAUACACGACUCAGAGAAGCAGCGGUUGGAUACGAUUGGACGACCACUCGAGCUCUUGGAGACAAAAAUAGUGAACACAACUACCGGUGAGAUCUGUCCUAUCGGUGAAGCGGGAGAGAUAUGCAGUCGCGGACACAAUGUAUUCUCC